GAAGGAUUCUUCUUCUUCUUCUUCUCUACUUAUUGAAUACUUAUCCAAGUGAGAUUUUGGAUUCUUCAAUUUGAGAUGGCAUCAUUUGCAGGCACUACCCAAAAGUGUAAAGCAUGCGAGAAGACAGUGUACUUGGUGGAUCAGCUCACUGCUGAUAACAAGGUCUAUCAUAAAUCUUGCUUCAGAUGUCACCACUGCAAGGGUACCCUCAAGUUGAGUAAUUUUUGUUCCUUUGAGGGCGUUUUAUACUGUAAGCCUCAUUUUGAUCAACUCUUUAAGAUGACUGGCAGUUUGGACAAAAGUUUCGAAGGUAUUCCAAGAACUGCUAGACGUGAAAGAUCUACCGAUCAGGUCCAAACCAAUAGCAAGGUUUCAAAUUUGUUUGCCGGAACUCAGGAAAAAUGUCUUGCUUGCAAGAAAACAGUGUACCCAAUUGAAAAGGUAGCUGUUGAUGGAGCAUCUUACCAUAAGGCAUGUUUCAGGUGCACCCAUGGAGGAUGUGUAAUUAGCCCAUCAAAUUAUGUGGCCCACGAACAUCGUCUUUAUUGUAGGCACCACCAUACUCAAUUGUUCAAGCAGAAAGGUAACUUCAGUCAACUUGACAAGCAAGAAAAUGUUGAAGGGGAGACUAAGAACACAACAACUUUCAGUCAACUUGACAAGCAAGAAAAUGUUGAAGGGGAGACUAAGAACACAACAACUUUCAGGCAACUUGACAAGCAAGAAAAUGUUGAAGGGGAGACUGAGAACACAACAACUGAGUAAUACCAUGCAACUUUCAAGUUAAAGUGGAAAUAGAAGUCUAGAUGGUGACUCUUUUUCAGGCAUAAGAUGCCAUUGUUUAAAUCCACAUUUCUCUUUGUUUAUCAUAUAUGUGAUUGUUUUUGUGCGACAAAUUUUGAGGUUGAGAAUUGAGAAGUAAUUAGUAGAUAUUUGGGCUUGUUUUUCCAAUUCAUCAUAUGGCAGGCCCAUCUGCAUUCUGCUUGAAGCUUUAUGAUGUUUGUAUUUUUCAUUACUAU